AUGUCUUCCUUGGACAAAUCAAUCGAAUUCAUAACUCCUCAGCUGGACCAGAUAGCUAAAACAGACCCCAGUGAGAGAAAUGCUUUCAUAAUUGGAGUGUCAGGGCCUCAAGGAUCUGGUAAAUCAUACUUGACUCAACAUCUUGUUUCACGACUGAGUUCAAUCUAUAAAAGUAUAAAUAUUGUUGGCAUGUCAAUGGAUGAUUUUUAUCUGACACGAAGAGCACAGAAAGAACUAAGUGAUGAAAAUCCCAAUAAUCCAUUGAUUUCGGGUAGGGGCUUACCUGGAACUCAUGACUUGCCUCUUCUUAUUGAUGCUUUGAACCGGAUUAUCCAACGAGCUAUCAACUGGCAAAUUCCCAGGUACGACAAGUCGCUGUUCAGUGGACUAGGUGAUAGAUCUCCGGCAGAUGAAUGGCUUGUUGUUGAUCAAUCACCAAUUGACGUAGUAGUUUUUGAAGGAUGGUUCAAUUCGUUUACUCCCUUUGAUAAUGAAUCGGAAUUGCUAAUCAGAUGGAAGAAAAUUGUCGAAAUUUCACCUAGUUUUGUUGGGAUUGAAAGGGAAAACGUUAUAUUCUUGAAUAAUGAACUGGAAAGGUAUUUACCGGUGUGGAAUACUUUUGAUACACAGAUAAUUUUAAAGACAAAUUCUGUGGAAAACGUUCGAACUUGGAGAUUAGAACAGGAACAUAAGUUGAUAGCAGAGAAGGGCAUGGGCAUGACCGACGAGCAGGUACAAGCAUUCAUAGAUAGGUACAUGCCUGCUUAUUAUCUUUAUUAUGAAAAGCUAUUGAAUAAUAAUUCCAUAUGUGUGGGAAAGACUUUGAGCCUGGAUAUUUCCCUUACGAGGCAAGUACUGGGCAGUGCUUUGAUAUAA